AUCAACCCCCCCCCCCCCCCCCAAAAAAAAAAAAUGGCGCCUUACGACCCCUCCACCGAUUGCGGUAAUUGGACCCUUGCUAUGGAUAACGUCAUGAGUUCGAUCCGCCAGCAGAAGACCGAUUUGGACCGAUACCUCUUGCUGCGUGAGCUUCGCGAGAAGGAUGAGAACCUCUUCUACCGAGUGUUGAUGACCAACGCGCAGGAGCUGCUGCCGCACGUGUACACGCCGACGGUGGGAGAGGCAUGUCAAAAAUACAGCAAAUUGCCAAUCAAGACACAUGGCAUCAUCCUCACGCCGGCGGACAAGGGUAAGAUUCUGGACAAGCUGAAGGCAUGGCCUGAGAAGGAUAUCAGGGUGAUCGUGGCCACAGAUGGAGAGAGGAUCCUAGGGCUGGGGGAUCUCGGCUACAACGGGAUGGGAAUCAGCGAGGGCAAGAUCUUGCUCUACUCGAUAAUUGCAGGGGUAGAUCCGCAAGUGUGUCUGCCCAUCGGCAUCGAUGUGGGUACUAACAACCAGUCGCUGCUGGAUGAACCGGAGUACAAGGGGUUGAGGCAGAGGCGCCUCCGUGGGCCCGAGUAUGAGGCGCUGAUUGAUGAGCUCCUGACCGCUGUGCGCGCCCUCCCCUCUCACGUGCUCUUCCAAUUCGAGGACUUUGGCAACACCACCGCCUUCAAGCAUUUGGCUAAGUACCGGGGCGUGCAGUGCUGCUUCAACGAUGAUAUCCAGGGCACGGCUUGCAUCACGCUGGCGGGAAUUCUGUCGGCGCUGAGGGUGACGAAGCAGCCGCUCGGCGCGCAGCAGCGAGUGCUAUUCCUCGGCGCGGGAGAGGCGGGGACUGGCAUCGCCGAGCUCAUUGCGAUGGCCAUCGUCAAGCGGACCGGGAUCCCGAUCGAAGAAGCGCGAAAAGCGUGCUUCUUCAUGGACUCCAAGGGGCUGGUCUGCAAGUCGCGACUGGCGGAGCUGCAGCACCACAAGAUCCCGUUCGCGCACGACAUCCCCUACCAGUCCUCCCUCGUGGAUACCAUCAAGACCAUCCGACCGACGGUGUUGAUUGGCGCGUCGACCAUGGCCGGCGCUUUCACGAAGGAGGUGGUGGAGCUGAUGUGCGAGAUCAACGAGCGCCCGAUCAUCUUCCCGCUGUCGAACCCGACGUCCAAGGCGGAGUGCACGUACAAGGACGCUUUCGAAUGGAGCAAGGGGAAGGUGGUGUUUGCCAGCGGCAGUCCCUUCGCUCCUCUCGUGGCUGCUGACGGGACAACGCACUACCCUGCACAGGCCAACAAUGCUUACGUUUUUGGACCAAUCGGAAUGGCCGCGCUGCUGACGAACUGCAAGUAUAUAACAGAUGAGGUGUUCAUGGAGACUGCCGAAGUGCUUGCGGAGCUCAGCCCUCACGACAAGCUGGAGCAGGGCAUGCUCUUCCCCUUAUUCACUGAAAUUAAGAACUUUGUGGCGAUAUUGAUUGGCAAAACCGCCGAGUUUAUAGUCAAUGCCGGGCUUGCUGAGAGUGCGGAAGCAAGCAAGGUCAGCGAUUGGAUCGCGCAUGCCAAACAAGCCAUGUUCCAGCCGCUGCCAGGAAGGGUGCCUCACACAGAGAUCAAGGAGAUGGCAGCGCCUGUGAUUGUGGAAAAGGACGUGGAGGAGCUGGUCGCAAUGAGGAAACAACCAACUGACCUCGACCGGUAUCUGUACGUGAGACAUUUGCAGGAUAAUCAGCCAGAGAGGUUCUUCAAGCUCUUGAUGCACCACGCUCAGGAGUUGCUUCCCUAUGUGUACACACCUACCGUCGGUGAAGCGUGCCAAAAGUACCAUAAGCUGCCUUUCACCACAAGGGGCAUGUACAUCAGGCCUGAGAACCGCGGGCAUAUCUUGGAGAUGCUCAAGGCCUGGCCCCAUCAGGACAUCAAAGUUGUCGUCGUCACAGAUGGCGAGCGGAUCCUUGGACUUGGAGACCAAGGCGCUGGCGGUAUGGGUAUUAGUGAAGGCAAGAUCUUGCUCUACACGGCUAUGGCAGGCGUCAAUCCCAGCAAUUGCUUGCCGGUGACGUUGGACGUCGGGACCAAUCGGGAAACUCUCCUGGAGGAUCCCGAGUACAAGGGUUUGCGCGAGAAGCGCCUCCGGGGUCCUGCGUACGACGAGCUGGUUCACGAGUUUGUGACCGCUUUGUACGAGUGGCAGCCCCACCUGCUCCUUCAGUUUGAGGACUUUGGAAACUGCAACGCCUUCAGAUUGCUCGACAGGUACCGUCCGGACUACUGCAGCUUCAACGACGACAUUCAGGGGACGGCGUGCGUGGUCCUCGCUGGACUCGUGGCCGGUCUGCGUGUCACCGGCCGGCCACUGGACCAGCAGAAGGUCUUGUUUUUGGGAGCCGGAGAGGCUGGGGUCGGGAUCGGCGAUCUCAUCGCUAUGGCUAUGGUGCAGAAACACGGCUUGUCAAUCGAAGAGGCAAGGAAACACUGCUUCUACGUAGACUCCAAGGGACUCGUCUGCAAGUCGAGAACGGAUCUCCAGGCACACAAAGUGGCUUUCGCCCACGAUAUCCCCUUCCAGCCGUCGUUGCUGGAAGCGGUAAAGGCCAUUCGUCCGACCGCGAUUAUUGGCGUCUCCACCAUAGCUGGAGCUUUCACGGAGGAGAUCGUCCGUUUGAUGGCAGAUAUCAAUGAACGGCCGAUCGUCUUCCCUCUCUCGAACCCCACUUCGAAGGCGGAGUGCACGUACGUGGAUGCAAUGGCGUGGACGGACGAGAAGGUUGUCUUUGCGAGUGGAAGCCCCUUCCCUUCCCUGGUUGGACACGUCAGCGGCCACACUUUCUACCCCGCUCAGGCGAACAAUGCUUACGUUUUUGGUCCUAUCGGGAUGGCGGCUGUCCUGACCAAGUGCAAGUGUAUCACUGAUGGAGUCUUCCUCAAGGCAGCUGAUGUUCUUGGGAGCCUAACACCAGAAUCCCGACUGCAGAGUGGGAUGCUCUUCCCGGCAUUCUCAGACAUGAAGGUUGUGUCUCCACAGCUGAUUGCCCAACUCUGCGAGUACAUUUUGGAGACUGGACUCGGGACCGAGCCCGAAGACAAGGGGGAUGCUGAUUGGCUGUCAUAUGUUAAGAGCAAGAUGUUUACACCUGAACCUUUCCCGCGCUGCCUCGUGCUCCCAGGGAAAGCGGCACAAUGACAACUGACGACAAUACAUUAACGUGUUUUGGAAUGUUCUUUUUGUUCUUUUUUCUCUUUUUUUCAAUGCAUUCGGUAGGUAACUUGGAGCUCAAUUUACUUAGCUAGAGUGUUACUAGACGUGGGUUAUGACUAGGUGGAAGGUUUUUGAUGUAGUAUUUAGUAUGUGCAAGUUCAAUUGAAGCGUAAUUAUGGACUAUCGUCUUGCAUUGCGGCAGAGCGAGAGGACAGCGCGGCGCCAUGAAGAGA